AUGGAAGAUUAUCCACUGCACAGCUCGCUUGAUGGGAGAUUGAAUUAUGAGAAUUAUCCACUGCACAGUUCAGUUGAUGGGAGACUGAAUAAUGAAAAUUAUCCACUGCACAGCUCGCUUGAUGGGAGACUGAAUAAUGAAGAUUAUCCACUGCACAGAUCAGUUGAUGGGAGACUGAAUAAUGAAGAUUAUCCAUUGCACAGCUCACUUGAUGGGAGAGUUAAAUACUUCAUUCCAUUAGAGUGUCAAGCUUUUCCAUGUAUACAAAUCGCAGAGGAUCAGCUGCAUCAAGAAAUGAAUAAUGAAAACGAAAUUGGCCAGUUUGGGGUGUUUCCUUCACCGCCCAAUAUCGAGACCGCUCAUGAAUUCUCUGUGGGGACGGCCAAAUAUGGACAAGAGAAUGCCACGUCGUCAGAAGAAAUUGUUAAGGUGGUGGGCACGCAGUACAUGCAUGCCUGUGCUGAGGAGGGCUUCAAGCAGAACUACACUUUCGCCAUUCCGGUGGUUGCCAGAGAAGAGCAGAACGGGCUUCAAUUGACUCAUCUUCUUUUGGUCUCGGCAGAGAUGGUUGAGAAGCAGCGAUAUGAAGAAGCCUACGGGAUGCUCAGUCAAUGCAAGAAGCUCUCUUCCAAGUUUGGGAACCCCAUAGAGAGGCUCUGCUAUUACUUUUUCGAAGCCCUCGAAGAGAGAAUUGAACGGCAGACCUGCGGUGAGCCAAAUAAGGGAAAACAAAUAACCCCUGAUUUUACUAACAAUUACAAAAGUGAUCAUGGAGAAAGUGACUUUUACUCUCUAACCGCUCUCUGUAAUAGGGUACUUCCGUAUGCCAGAAUCCUGCAAUUCACCACCGUCAAGGCUAUCCUUGAUGCCGUGGGGAAGGCAAAAAGAAUUCAUGUAAUUGAUCUGGGAAUUCGAACUGGGUGCCAAUGGACAUCAUUGAUUCAGUCCAUUGCUCUAGAAGAUUCUUAUUCGUCCAUUAAGCAUCUCAAGAUCACAGCAAUUGGAGUGAAUUCUGAUGAUCUAGAAGACAGUGGAAGAAGGCUUACAAAAUUUGCUAAAGCUAUGGAGAUUAGCUUUUCCUACUGUUCGGUCAAGAUCUCAGCGUUGGACGAGAUUGAAGAAUGUUUGUUCAACGUUAAAGCCGGUGAGUUCAUGGCCGUGUAUGCUCCCACUGUUUUCAGAAGUUUGUUAUAUGAUCCUGCUCUUCUCGAGAAUGCUGUUAAUGUUAUCAAGAAUUUAAAGCCUCAUAUUCUGCUGAUUUCGGAAGUAGAAGGGGAGCAUAAUUCCCUCUCUUUCGUGAAUCGUUUCAUUGAGGUCCUUUUCUAUUACAGCAGUUUCUUUGAUUGUUUGGAGGUUUUGUUGCCGAGCAGAACUGAUUCAAGGAGGGUCAUAAUCGAAGAAGUCUCUUGUGGGAGUCAAAUAAAAAAUAUGAUAGCCUACGAAGGGGAGUCCAGGAAGGUGAGACACGUUAAAAUGGAUAAGUGGAGAUCUUUCUUCCAACUGGCGGGAUUAGAGAAAUGCAUUUCAGCUAUCAGGCUUGGUAUCAGGCAAAACUAUUGCUUAAGGAAUAUGAUAAUGCGGAACUUUUUACUAUUGCGUCAAAUGGACCUGCUAUAA